GACAUAUUAUCGGAUAAGACGUACUAUUGUGAAAAGUUUAUCUGCAUAAAGUUGAAAGAAAGCAUUUAAGUUGAAAAAUGAAGACAAUGUUGUCGCUAAUUUUCUGUCUCCUUCCUUUUAUUGGAAGCGGGUUCGUUUUCAAUUCUGACCCUCUAGCUACAGCAGACCCGCAGGGCUCCAACGACGUGCAGUAUUUACACCUGCUACUAGCAGACGAGAAAACCGAACGGAUGAGAUUACAAAACGAAGUUGAUCAACUGAAAACAUCAAUGCAAAACAUACAGGAACAAUUGGAACUCAGUUCUCAAGGUACACAAACAACAACAAAAUGUCCAUACACUGCAUUCAGGACGCAGCUGACACACGAUAUCGGAAAUGUUCAUACUGGUCACCUGAUUGUCUUCGACCGAGUGGACCUAAAUAUAGGCAAUGGAUUUGAUCCAAGGCAUGGCAUUUUUACUGCCCCGUGUAACGGAACCUAUCUUUUUUCCAUUACCCUCGGAAAUGUUGCUAAAAGCGGUAAUAUCCACUUGAAAAAAAAUGGCAACACGAUCGAGUUUGCUUUCGCGGGUUACAACAGUGGAUGGGACAUGGGUGGGGUUUCGACGGUUGCCGAGUUGGUUGCCGGAGAUGAUGUGUGGGUUGAGGGAGAAGGUUAUAUUGGUGGAAGUAUUAGUAGCACACAUUUGCACACAGGAUAUUCUGGCUCUUUGCUGCACGCGCUUUGAGAUGACAGUUCACAAACUACUAACUUUAGUCAGCAGAAAUGUGUUUUGGAACAUUAUAAAAUCUAACACAAUAUUUCCAACCGCGUGUGAUAUACCGCAUUCAUGACGCUUCCUAUCUUAACACAUAAUGUGCAAAACAGUUAUACAGCAUACUGAUCUUUGAGAAAUGAUAUAUAAAAAGUGUAUGAUAUAAUAUUAUAUAUAAAUUCAUUGUUUUGAAUAAAUACUGACUAUAA